CCGAGUUUUCGUUACACAAAAGAACGACGAAUCGACGCUGUGUUGUGCAUGCAAAAUAAUGUUAGAAUGAAAUAAAAAUUGGAGGAAACGAAGCCCAUCGACUGCACUGUUUUCAUAAUGAACGAAAAGGAGUUGAACAUUUCGAAUAUCGUCGGCGAACUGGUUAAAAAUUCCGUCGACGCUCAGUGCAACGUCGUUCAAGUCGACUUCAAUGGGUCGUUCGAUUUUCGGGUGAUAGACGACGGAUGUGGUUUCGAUGAGAAUGUAAUGCAAGACAUUGGAGAAAGACAAGUGUUCCAGUCACAGCCGUUACAGAAAAAUCGCUUCCGCUACGGAAAACACGGAAAAUUCCUAUUGAAAGUUGCUCGAGGCGCUGCUGCCGAAAUAUUCAUUGAAUCGAUCAGACACAAUAGUGAUGUACGGCUAUACAAAUCCAUCAUCGCGAACAAAUCGUCAUACAAAAUUUAUAAAACUGAUCGCAGUGAUAAGGACGCUUUGGUUGCGACCGCUCAAGGAUCGAUGGUGGUGUUGAAUACGUUAAAUCUAAAUAUUGACGAUGCUGCUCGGCUCAAAUCGAACAUAGUAAAUACGGUCGUCGAUUUAUCAUUGGUCAAUUUUGAGGUAGACAUUUCGGUUAGAGACACUGCCACGCAACAGACCCUGUACGCAAGUUAUAGAACCAAGAAUCUAUUCGAUAAAUUCGAACAAUUCCUUGAAUCACAUCAGUUCUUCUCAAAGAUUCAGUCAGUUUCAUGUGAAAAGCACGAUGUCAAGGUUGAGCUUUUGUUAUGCGAAGACGCAACAUCGAGUAAAACAUUUCAGUUCGUCUAUUUCAACAAAUUGAUAGAAUAUGACGGAAAAUGGAGGAAAUUCAUCAAUAAAUUAUGCAAAAAUCGAUUCGAAAAUGAUCUGAAUGCAACGUGUCCAGUCUACCUAAUGAACAUUUUUGCUGAAAAUUACUUGGAUAACCAGUUGGCCUACAAUGUAAUUGUAGACAAUUGUAUCAGAAAAUGUGUGGAACAGUUGUUACAACCUCCAGCUAACAGAACAUCCAUCUCUCAUAAAUCAAUUUCUAAGGCUGUGGUGCCAAACAACGACAUUGCCACUACCAGUAAAGACCCUCCGGACAACAAUGGAAAGGAAGCUAAAGGCAUCGGAUUGGGUGAUUACAUAUUUAACAACAGCUGUGAAAACUACGAACAACUAAACCUUGGCAAAGACGUUUAUCGGAAGAAAAUCUGUGAAAAUUGGAUCAUUAGCUUAGAUAAACCGAAACCAAAGGAUCUUGCCAAUGAUUCCUUGCAGAGUGUUGUAAUCAAUAGAAGCACCACCAUUCAACCAGACGAUCAUCUAUUCAAAAAGCCGAAGCCGAAAAGCGUUAAAUCCAGAAGGGGCAGUCAAAAAAUGGUUACAAAAAUUAAACCGGCCCCGCAGAGCUCGACACAGAUCUACAAACCGUCGCAACAUGUCAGAGUGUUCAAUAAUUCGAGCUUGCUUCGAGCAUCAAAGAAAUUAAUUGCAAAAACAUCGACUGACGUAGAUUUGGUGAGACGAAAGAACUCCAGAAAGAAAGUGAUUACAAAAACGGCGACUGUAGUGGAUCGGGUGAAACGAAAAGACUCUACAAAGAAUCGAAACGGAAAUCGAUUUGAAUUGAAAGAGCCAGUAAGCGAUACCGAACGGCACUCCUCCAACAAGAAACCAUCCAACGAUUUGAACCUAAGUCCAAUGGAUGCGUUGCCAAAUGAUACUUUCGAAAACCCAAAUGACCAGAAUAAUGAACCGAAUCAUGAACUGCGCGAUGCAUUUAAAGCGCCAGUUUAUUUCGCAGCCACUCAAAAAACAUUGGAUUUUCGCUGGAACCAACAGACAACGAACUUCAAUAUGAAUUUUUCGUCUUCAAUUGCCAUCCGUACAAUCAACGAGGAUGAUUCGUUUAUGCAUUUUCUGGGAAACGAUGUUGGCGAGAACAAUUCUAUGAAAAAUUUAUUCGAAAGUAUCGAACAGCCGGCAAACGCUACACCAACUAGAUCCGAAUCGCAAAUGGAAACGUGUCGUAUGAGAACCCAAUUACAAACCGACACGCAUCGUACGAGAACUCAAAUACCUCAAGAAAUGAAUCGUCCUAGCGGAUCAUCUGUGUAUUCUCAAACAUCCGAGUUUCGUUAUCGGCACCAUCGGAAUAAUUCAGUUCGUGCACACUAUCGUCGACGAACAUCUCGCAGUUUUGUCAGUGACAAUUCGCUUAAUUCUCAACGUAGCGGGAGAAGCUCUGGUGCUUCGAUUAGGAGUGAUCGGUCAAAGUCCAUCAAGCCUGCCCAAAGUUCCACUCAAACUGCGACCACAACAACAGCUGUUGCACCUAUGCGGAAACCAAACUCACAGAUUGAUUUACUUAGCGAUAAUGGUUUGAAAGCUGGCUGGCCGGUGACGAUUAAUAUAAAUUUUGGUGGUCAACCGCAAUGCUAAAGAAUUCAUUUGGCAGCCGACAAUGAUCAUAAUUCGUUUUUCAAAUGAAAUUGAAUUUUGUAAGAAUAAAAUUUGGAAUAAUU